AACAAAUUCUAUCCAGGAGGACCCUCGGCGUUUAUGCCAGUCCAAAGGAUAUUUUCAAGAUUCGCCUCAGCUGAAGUGGAUGUAGAGGGACAAAAACAAGUUGUGAUGGCUCCCAUCAACAGGAAAGUUCAACUGUAAUAACAAUUGUUGCGAAGCUCAUAAGAAAAAUCCAGAGCACACCCGGGCCUUUCAUUAGACGCUUUACAGUAUAGCUGGGUAAAAAGUGGCAAGAUGAUUUCUACUUUUACAUACAUAUAAUUAUUAGCAUCGUUUGAAACUAAUGAAUAAUACUACUAAUAAAUGGUUUAACUGGUGUUAUCAUGAAUUGCUUUUUUUAUUCUCUUUUUGUCACACAAUGUCGCUGAAAGUUCAUCUCAGUACCAAAGCAGUAACUGUGAAUUCCUAAAAGAAAACUGAAGCAAGUCUUUUCGCCUGAUAUCGGUGGACACUCCAUCGCCUGCUGCUUAACCCUGUGUCAAAGAAAAAAUAAAACCUCACAUCAUGAUUGUCAAAACUCUAGAAAGCUAUGGCUACUGUCAUUGAAAGCACCAUUUGUGUGCAAUUAGUCAUUCAAGUGAUACAAAAUUUGCUGCUUAAUAUGUGUUGACUGGAAAAGGUGCAGAAACUCAAAGAUCUAACAAAAAGCCGUCACUCGCAUUCUGCACCAUAAGCAAUAAAAUCUCACAUCAGAAUUGUUGAAUCUCUAGAAAGCUAUGGCCACUGUCACUGAAAGCACCAUGUUAUUCAAGUAACACAAAAUCUGCUGCUUAAUAUGUGUUCACUGGAAAGGGUGCAGAAACUCAAAGAUCUGACAAAAAGCCGUCACUCGCAUUCUGCACCAUGACAAUAAAAUCUCACAUCGUAAUUGAAAGCACCAUGUUAAAUUUUUGCUUAGAAAGAUAAAGGGUGGAAACUCAAAGAUCUGACAAAAGCCGUCACUGCAUUCUGCACCAUGUUAUUCAAGUAACACCAUGUCAUUCAAAAAAUCUGCUGCUUAAUAUGUGUUCACUGGAAAGGGUGCAGUAACUCAAAGAUCUGACAAAAAGCCGUCACUCGCAUUCUACACCAUAAACAAUAAAAUCUCACAACAUAAUUGUUAAAUCUCUAGAAAGCUAUAGCCACUGUCAGUGAAAGCACCAUGUUAUUCAAGCAACACAAAAUCUGCUGCUUUAUAUCUGUUCACUGGAAAGGGUGCAGUAACUCAAAGAUCUGACAAAAAGCCGUCACUCGCAUUCUGCACCAUCAACAAUAAAAUCUCACAUCAUAAUUGUUAAAUCUCUAGAAAGCUAUAGCCACUGUCAUUGAAAGCACCAUGUUAUUCAAGUAACAGAACAUCUGCUGCUUAAUACGUGUUCACUGGAAAGGGUGCAGAAACUCAAAGAUCUGACUAAAAGCCGUCACUCGCAUUCUGCACCAUAAGCAAUAAAAUCUCACAUCACAGUCAUUGAAAGCAUCAUGUCAUUCAUAUAAGGAACACAAAAUCUGCUGCUUAAUAUGUGUUCACUGGAAAGGGUGCAGAAACUCAAAGAUCUGACAAAAAGCCGUCACUCGCAUUCUGCACCAUGACAAUAAAAUCUCACAUCGUAAUUGUUAAAUUUCUAGAAAGCUAUGGCCACUGUCAUUGAAAGCACCAUGUUAUUCAAGUAACACAAAAUCUGCUGCUUUAUAUGUGUUCACUGGAAAGGGUGCAGUAACUCAAAGAUCUGACAAAAAGCCGUCACUCGCAUUCUGCACCAUAAACAAUAAAAUCUCACAACAUAAUUGUUAAAUCUCUAGAAAGCUAUAGCCACUGUCAUUGAAAGCACCAUGUUAUUCAAGUAACACAAAAUCUGCUGCUUAAUACGUGUUCACUGGAAAGGGUGCAGAAACUCAAAGAUCUGACUAAAAGCCGUCACUCGCAUUCUGCACCAUAAGCAAUAAAAUCUCACAUCACAGUCAUUGAAAGCACCAUGUCAUUCAUAUAAGGAACACAAAAUCUGCUGCUUAAUAUGUGUUCACUGGAAAGGGUGCAGAAACUCAAAGAUCUGACAAAAAGCCGUCACGCGCAUUCUGCACCAUAAACAAUAAAAUCUCACAUCGUAAUUGUUAAAUUUCUAGAAAGCUAUGGCCACUGUCAUUGAAAGCACCAUGUUAUUCAAGUAACACAAAAUCUGCUGCUUAAUACGUGUUCACUGGAAAGGGUGCAGUAACUCAAAGAUCUGACUAAAAGCCGCCACUCGCAUUCUGCACCAUAAGCAAUAAAAUCUCGCAUCACAAUUGUUAAAUCUCUAGAAAGCUAUAGCCACUGUCAUUGAAAGCACCAUGUCAAAGAAAGCUUGUAGUUCUUCAGAAUUUUUUAUUGUUAUUGUGCAGCUAGAAAUCGGUUCGCUAUGGAAGGUCGAUCGGCUGAAGAUUGUGUUGUGCUACUAGAGGAACUAAUCCAAAGUAACCGAAAACUCGCCGCAGAAAAUGAGAAGCUGCGGCGAGAACACGAGGCAGCUAGAAGAAAUCAAACACAAGUCCUGCAAAGGAUUGAGCAAAGGUUAAAUGAGCGAGAAGCUCCUGGCGCAAGACAUCGCUCCAGACGCAGGGCUGCCGCUCAUACAAUUGCCGUUCCUGUGGCAUGCAGGGUAAGUAUCAAAAGAAACGUGCAUUCGAAUGACGCAAAGACGAUUUGCUAUAAAAAAAAUUACAUGAAAAUUAUACAUUACAAAACUGAAAUGACUGAAGUAGGUGGACAUGCAUAAUGAGGUGUAAAAUUGGUUUGAAUGGUUUUAGCGCGCAAAUCCUGCAUAGAUUACUAUCGUUCGGUCAGAUACACGACACUCGUGACACUUUAGGCUGAAUAGGUCACUUUUAUUUCAUUUUACUUAUUUCUUUGUUUGAGAAAAAAACCUGCACGGUUUUAAUAGACAAGGAAGAAAUUUGUGUAACAAGAUUAAGGAAGAUUUCAUUUGUAUUUUCUACCUCGGCCGCCACAAAAAAUGUAUGCAUGUAAUAAAUUACUGUACCAUUACGUGGGAAUAUGAGGUGGUGACAAUAACUGACAAUAAGCGUGGAACGUCAUUUUUUUUUUUUUUUUUUGCAUUGCAGGAGUUAAUUUUUUCAAGCCACCUGUUUUUUGAAUGAGACAUAAAUGACAUCAAAACGAAACCAAAGCAGACAUCUGAAUUUUUAAUACUAAAUUCUGGCUCCUGUCCCCGAGAGUCAUAACCUGGGAUGUCUUUUGACCAGCAUAUUAUUGUCAAACUGAGAAAGGGAUGUGAUUUCUUUCAUUUAUAGAGAACACUAGUCUAAGGCAAAUAUACAAGGUCCUUUCUAAAAAGGAAGACUUUCACGGCUUCUACCUUGAUGAAGAGUAAGUAUAAUAAACAUCUAUCAAAUUUUAAUUUAACUACCAAACAGGUCUUAGCUUCACUUAAAAAACCAAGUAAGUUAUAAUUUGAAGAGAAAGUAAAUUACUGCACAUACAUCAAUGGUAGGCCACACCUGGAGGGAAUCUACGCAGAUUUGGAACAGGUCAAUUACACGUAGUAUAAAAUAAAAACCAACUGAAAUAUAUGACAGGACGAUUUAUUAGUACCUCAUGAUGUUUCUUUGGAAGCCACUACAGAACUUGGAAGGGUCAACAGUGAACACCUCCACCUCAUGAAUGACAAUAGUACCCAUUGUAUUAUGCCUUCCAACCCAAUUUAGCUCUAGUUUUUCACCUGCCUUUUUUGUAGAUUAACCCUUUAACCCCAAAAAUCAACUUGCAUAUUCUUUACACUGUUCUCUGUUCAUUGGUGAUCAUUUUAUUUUAUUCUGUUUGAUUUGUCUGUGAUACUGUAAGGAGAAAUUUGAUGCUGUUCGCUGCUAGGGGUUAAAGGGUUAAAAAGAAUUUAUUCAGAAGUUCAAAAUGCCAGUGUCAUUGAACAUUGAUGCCAAUAAUAUGUACCUGAUACCUGCCAAAGAGACAAUAUGUAUCAAAGAUCAAGAAAGUGACUUUGCUUUGGUGACAUAUCUUUUUAGAGUAAGCUCUGACAACAACGCUACCAUAGUAUCUUCCAAAGAGUAAUGGCCCAAGUGUUACACCAACAUGGAGGAGAGGAAAGGUGUCCAUAG